AAAGAAAUAUCGACAUUGAAGUACAAGUUAGAAACAUUGAAGAACGACUCAGAAGCCAAAAUAGAACAUUUACUAAAGCAAUCUGAGCAUUACGAAACUAUUGUUGGUCAGUUGGGUGAGGAGAGAGACGAAAAUCAAGAAAUUAUCAAAGAUUUGAACCAAAAAUUGAUUGAUAUGGAGUCAAAUUUGAAAAAGCUAAACGAUGAUUAUGAAGCCCUAAGUCAACAAAGAGAUACUCUACUUCAAGAGUCAGACAGACUAAGAUCUGAACUUGGUAAUUCUACAGAGCAGUUCAACGCGACA